AUGUCUUCGUCCCUCGCCAAGAACGUAGUUAUGGACGAAGAAGCUGAAGAAGCCUUCGACCUCUUCGACGUAACCCAUAAGGGUUUCAUAGACUUUGAAGAUUUAAAACGUUCCUGUUCCUUGCUUGGGGAAGACUUGACUCAAGACCAAUUACAGCUUAUGCUCGAAAUUGCUGGUACGAACGGGAGAGUCAACCGCGAAGAAUUCGCCCAGCUAUGGCUUCAUCUCUCUUGA